GGGCUACCAACACCUACAUCUCAUUAUCUAUCUUAAUCCUUCCUCCCUCCUCCUCUGUUCUCCCCCCACCUCCAUCACCUCAUAGAGAGAGAUUAGAGAGAGACUCAGAAAUCAAUCAGAUAUGGGAAAUUGCCAGGCUGUGGACGCGGCCGCGCUCGUUAUACAGCACCCCGGCGGUAAGCUGGAGCGCAUGUAUUGGCCGGUCAAGGCCAGCGAGGUCAUGAAACUCAACCCUGGCCACUACGUUUCUCUCAUCAUUCCUCUGCCGGUCAACGAAGGCGGCGGCGGCGCCACCGAGGAAGGUUCCGUCGAGAAAGUCGUCCGGUUUACCCGCGUCAAGCUCCUCCGCCCUACUGACACCUUGGUCCUCGGCAGAGCUUAUCGGCUGAUCACCAAUCAAGAGGUGAUGAAGGUUUUGAAGGCUAAAAAGAAUGCAAAGAUGAAGAAAAAGAUUUCAUCAGAAGAUAAUAUGCAAGAAGAUUCGAACAAACAUGCUGUAAGAUGUGAUGUUGAAGCUCCAAACUCAGAACGGGAGCAGAGCAAUCAGGCGAAAAGAUCUGAAAGACAUAAUCGGGUGAGGCCCGGCCAGCCGAGCUUUUCCCGGGCAGGGUCUAAAUCGUGGCGUCCAUCAUUGCAAAGCAUUUCUGAAUCCAUAAGCUGAUCAAGAAAGAAGAAAUGCCUCGAUCUUCCACGAGAUUGCAGGUUGGUUUGAGUAAUGGCACCUCUAGGUCUGUAUAGUUCAACAGAGAGCGAUCCCGGAUUCCCGGUUGCUUCUAUAUAAGUUUGCCAUUUCCACAGUUUUCCUUUCAUCAUCAUUCCUAAUUUGAGCAGCAGAAAUGUAUUUAAACACUGAUGAACGAAGAAGCUCUCGGUGCUGAUCAUAGUCAAGCAAUACAUACAUUGACACGUUGAAAAAACAGCCUGCUUUUGUUUGUGUUUUGAAUAUUUUAUACUCUCUCCUUGUGUGACAAAUACAUCAAUCACUUACAAAGCACAAUUGGACUUGGUUUUGACUUUUGAUCCAUACUUGGUAUUAAAUUUUGGGUUACGUU